CCCCUGCAUUCGCGGCGCCACCUGGCAUUGCCCUCUGCCGCCCGCCGCCGGUACCGCAGCAAUGGCGGCCCCCACGGCCCAAGCGUGAGCCCGACCGCCGACCGCCGCUGCCGUGGAGUCUGGAUAAGACCUAUCAAGGGAGCUUCUUGGCUUUGGGACUACCUAGUGAUAGUGAUCUUCAGCCACAGUUUUAGAGGAGUGGCACCAAAAAGCCAGUUGUUAUGCUGAGUGCUUUACAGGACAAGUAACAUUCCCUGCUUCCUCAGCUGCCUGAAAAUCAAGCCAUAGAUACUGAGCUUCAGUUUGAAUAGGGGAGGAAAAAUGCCAGCUUCUCUAAAAAAACUGCAGCAAAUGGCUGUUUUCAUGGGACUGUUCAGUGGUGGCGGAUGCAUCGUGAUGUAUAAUCUUAUGCAAAAAAGUUUCGCCAGGACCCAGUAUUACCAGCAAGCUUUGGAGCAACUGAACAGCAAUCCUGAUGCCCUGGAAGCCCUGGGUGCCCCCCCUCUUAAGGUUCACAACAUCCGACUGACAGAUGGGAGUAAUCGCGUAGACACAGAAAGAGCACAGAUAAAGUUACCGGUAUCUGGAACAAAAUCAGCGGGAUACCUCUACAUUAACUCGGAGAUGGACCACUCCCGUCAGUGCUGGUGCCUUCAGGAUGUCACCUUGAAACUACGGGAUGGUCAGAAUAUCCCUGUUUACCCCUCCCCGGUGGAAAGCUUUGGUGUGCAAGAAGGCUAAAAAUCAGAGACAGCUGCCUCUCCACCUCCCAUUGAGCCAAAGGAGCCAUUAAUCGAUUGCAUCCUGCUGUGUCCAUGAAUGUACACAGUUGUCACAAGUGACAGUUUCGCUUAAGUGGGUGCUCUCAAGACAAUUUUGUCCCUAAGAUCGACCUCAUCACUGUUGUAAUUGUAAUUUCUUUCUUUUGCUGGUUCAUUCAUGUGUUCAACAGAAGCCUAAAAUAAAUACCUUGCAAAAGGCUUGCUGCUCCAGAGAA